UGCCAGUUUGUGUUUAGGUGAUUGUGACUUUGUGUGCUUUAUUCCACUACUAAAAUAACUAGCAGUAGAAGCAAUACCAUAACAGAGAAACGAGAUUAGCGAGCUGCGGAGCACCCGCUCCAUAGGCUAACUCUAGUACUUGGGAUCUUCCAGUCCGAAUUUGAAUUAUUUGAUUGACAGUGUGAGUGUAGCGCGCCUUCAUGAUGUCCUCGCCACAGCAAGAUCCCCAGCAACAUCAAGAGCUGGCCAGUAAAAAUGGGCAAGACAGAACCAGUACCAGCGGAGGUGAGCAAUCUUCCAGAGCCACGAGCCUCAGUUCAACGUCACCAGCUCCCCCGCUAGCGCAACAGCCGGAGGUACAACUCCAACCAAUGCCGGCUCCAGCUGUAAGCCGUGAACGGCCUUGGCAGUCGUCCAACAGAAUGGUUCGCCGUGGCAGCUUUGACCAUCUGAGCUCGCUGCAUCGUAACAGCCUACUAGAUGCUGGUAGCGAAAAAAGGCGUGGAGGUCCUGUCGGCAGGGUGUCGACUGCCAUGGCUGCUCCACAGCCGCCGUUGGAGGAUGUUGAAUCAGCAGGUCUCACAAGCAGCAGCAGCAGCAGUGUAUCUACAGCUACAAGCAGCCGAGUACCGCAGCCAGCUCUCAACAAGACUACCGCAAAGAGAAUACACCGAGCUUCACUAGGUGCCACCAACGCACCAACUCUUGUACCCAACGUGGGGUUUGGUACAAAGUUACGAAGAGCGCCUUCGCUGAAGAGCACAAGAGCGCCAUCGCCGAACUUAGUGCGCAAGCGGGCGUCAGUUGCCAUGUUUGUGGGUCAAGGUCCUCAUUCCGCUACAUCUUCUGCAUCAGCAAGUCCCACGCCGCCCAGUUCCAACACAUCACCGCCAUCUGGGAUCAUGGUUAGUUCAACUUCAUCAUCAUCUUCCCCGUCAUACAUACCACAACAGGGAGAACAGCAGCAGCAGCAGCAACAACAGCAGCAACAGGCUGUGCCACAGACUGCUAGCCAGCCUGAGAGCAAGGACAUCGCGCCACCUAAAGAAGCCACGGAUGAAGCUGACGCCAUCUCUCCUCCUGAUUCGGUGCCACCGCCUCUACCAUCUUCCGUGGCAUCAUCUUCUUCAUCGUCUUCAUCGCCUCUCGCCACAGGGGUCCCUACAGUACUAAUGCCAUCACCAACACCAUUGCCAUCCAGUCCGGCACAUGGUGCCGCUGGUGGUGCUCCACCACAGUUCCAGCAGCGUGUGGAGCGUGUGCUGAAGGCACGGCUCUACUUACUGCAGCAGAGUGGACCCAACUCGUUCAUCAUCGCCGGUGACUCCACUGAUCAGAAGUUUAAGGUCACUAUAGGAUCUCAGAAAUGUAGCUGCAGCAAGGCAAACUGCAUCCACGUGCUCUUUGUCAUGGUGCGAGUGCUGAAAGUCGAACAGACCUCCUCACUGCUGUGGUCCAAGAAGCUCCAUAAUUUUGAGGCGGAGAGUUUACUUAACCAGUUCCGCAACCGGCAGGCGCGUCGCAUGAACAACAGCAGUCGGGCCAACCGGCGCCACUCGACAGGCGUUGUGUCGCUACGCAAGCGGCCUCUUCAGCCCAACCGAUCCUCGUCAGUCAUUGAACCACGACCCAACGUCCAGCAGGAGAAUGCAGAUGAGUCCGGAGCUGCUGCAGCCACUGCUCCACUGGUCGUAGUGUCCAAUACGUCUAGCUCCCCGCUGACUCGCCGCGGUUGUAUCAAGAAGACAGCAAAGGGAGGCGCUACUCCUGAGAAGGGCACGGCCAGCGCGAAGGGGAUAGAUGAGCGUGGCGAACAUGACGAGAAGACUGACUCCGACUCCAGUGAGGAUUCCAGGGACAUCACCUCUGACAGUCAGUCUGCUUCUUCAUCAUCAUCGGAGGACUCUAGUGCCGAUUCUGCUGAGGCUGUCGCUGCUGCACUUGCUGCUACUGUUGCCAACGACGGCGAGCACCUGCAUGACGAAGAUGAUGAAGACGAAGACGUCUGCCCUAUUUGUCUUCUGGAGAUGGUGGACGGCGAGAGCAUGAUCACAUGUACCAAAGGAUGUCACAACCGCUUGCACAUGCACUGCAUCAGGAUUUGGGCGUUGGAGCGCAGGAGACAAGGCGAGCCACUUCAUUGUCCUCUGUGCCGCGCUGAUUGGCCUGACUUGCCAUCGCCGAGUGAUGAUGGCUCUUUGUCUGGUCGAGGGUCUCAAACAUACUCAGACCCGAUAUCGGAGCAGUAUGCAGAGGCUGCUGCUGCAUGGAUCAAGGUGUUUGGACGUGACACGGUUGUAUCCCUGUUCAGCCGCGGAGAGCAAGGAUGGCUUACCCGUCAGAACGCUCUCGGACACCUGCAGCGCGAUUUCAUGUCCAAGAUGAUGGACUGUCGACGCAGUGCGACACCACAGACCUCUGACAGUGUCACCAGCAGCAGCAGCAGCCAUAUCAACCAGUCUCCUGAAUGGCCGGUGGAUGACCACACCCAGCUCUGGUCUGAGCCGGCCAUGCAGCUGAUUGAGUGCAGUUUGGAUAUUGUAGAACACUGUGUGAUGGACAAGGUCAUUACAGUCUACGAUGCAGCGUUGAAAUUCCUGCACACCGUACUAUCAUACGUACCAGUCACAAGUCAACAGCAAAUAGCGUAUCUCAGACAGAAGCUGACACCAACAAUCAGCACAAUCCUGACCAAGUGUGCCGAGUUACACAGGAGAAAGCGUGAACAGUCUAUGAGGACUCUGCGUGAGUUCUGUCUGGACCGUCAAGGCAAACUGGCUCUGGGUUCCGCACUGGGAUCCCGCCAUGCUUCACUCUCACUGGGCGGUGUGGAAUUCAUCAUGCAGCAGGUAGCAAACACUGAUGAGCAGCGUCGUCACAGUGGCGAUGGUUCAUGGCACUACUGGCUGGGCAGAAUGCGUUUCCUCGACAUGUUACUCACUGAAGAGCGAUUGCCGGUCUGCGAAGAGGACAAGUGGACGGCUGACGAGUGCAAAGACUGUGUAGCGUACGUAGCUUCACAGGCUUGCCCUUCCUUGCUGGAUGCUGAGCAGCCGGCUCUCAACAGCAUGCAAGUGCAGAGGGCAUUGCCGUUCAAGCACAUCAUACAGACAGUGUUGUUUGCCCGAUCAGCCAUGAAGAUCCAGCACAUCACUGUCACGCGUAUGUCACGGCGUGUCUUCUUGCACAGUGCCAAGUUAGCACUGACCUGGGGGCAGCCUGCUCGCUGCCUCAUCCGAGCUAUUGUGGACUGCUUGAGCUCACCACACUACAGCACCAUGAAGCAGCGGCUUCGUGUGCAUGAUGAUGAAUGCGAGGACGGAGAGCGUGCCUCCGUGAAAUAUAAGCGUGUUCGCAAUCGCAGCCGUGCCUUCUCACUUGCUUCGCCUGUUUCGCUACUGAGUCCACCUAUUUCGGACAAUGAGCGGUCGUUCUACGUACCGACCGGGCCCCAGCUUGAUGACAGCGCAGAGUAUCCUCUUCUAUCAACUGAUGAACCUGUGGAUGUGGCUGUGGAGGCUACUCGUCCUCACCCAGUGACUACUAGCAGUGUUGAAAGUAGUGCUGUGCCCUCGCCAGCGCCUCGCUCUGGUCCAGCUAGCCGUGCCGGUACUAGUAUGUCUGUUAGCCACAGCCACAGCAGUCUGGCUACUAUGACACACAGUGAUGUGUUGGAUCUUCGCAGACAGUCCAGCGAUGGCUCUAGUCAGGAGCACUCCAGCAGUAUGAGCUUCACCCGUCCUGGCACUGGUGCUGAUGGUGGAAGUGGAACCGGGCUGCAGCUGGUAGCAUCCACAGAAGCAGCAGUGACAGUGGGCGGGAGAGGCAGCAGCUUCUCUUCGCCAAUCUGUGUUGACAAUGCUGGCUCCUUAGUACAGCAGCCCAGACCUGCAAGUGGCAAUGAACACAGUCAGGCAAUUCAUUCCUGCGUACAGCCUGCAUCUAAUGCACAAUCCACUAUCCCUGCGCCGGAUGCUUCUGGAAUGAUACUCUUUGCAAUCGGUGAUGCUCCUGAAAGCAGAAACAGUGAAGCAGCUAGCGCCACAAGUGACCUUGACUUUGACUCCAACUCCAGUGAAGAAUUGAAACUGGGAACAAAGUCCUCUCCUGACAUAAAUGCACCACCUUCCUUGCCUAUAGGAAAUGACGUAACUGAUGGCCCAGAAGAAAAUACUGAGAACCGAAAUGAUUCUGUGAGAAAGCCAGGGUCAUUGUCAAAGAUCAUGAGCAUGGCCAACUCACCGGAGAGAACAAUAGACCGAUUUGAUUCUGGCAUUGAGUCAGAUACCAGGCAAAGGUAUUAUGAGACAACAUGUGCCCAACUGGUUGAAGCUGAAGUUGAAGCAACAAGUGCCGCAACUGAGGCAUCGCUGUAUGAAGUUCCUCUACCACCGCUACAUGGUCUGGCACCACCUGAUGAGCUUGUAUCCAUCCAUGAGCAGCCUAUGAGCGGAGAGCAGCCAGAUGGAGGUAACAACAUCUACAUGGAGGGUGUGCAUUGGAAGAAAGGACCGAUGAUUGGCAGCGGAGCUUUCUCCACAGUCUUCGCCGCACGGGAUGUCGCCGUGGGAACACUAAUGUGUGCAAAACAGGUAUCGUUUGUUCGCAACACAGAACCAGAGCAGCAGCGUGUGCUGCGUGACAUUCAGGAUGAAGUCUCCAUGCUGUCGCGACUCGAGCACCCAAACGUUGUGCGCUGCCUCGGUGCGACGAAGGAAGCAACUCACUUCUACAUAUUUGUCGAAUGGAUGCCGGGCGGUUCGAUUUCAGAGCUGCUGCGGAGAUAUGGAGCCUUUACCGAUCGUGUGAUAACGACCUACUUGCAACAGAUACUGCGUGGAACAGCAUACCUCCACGACAACAGGGUCAUUCACCGCGAUAUCAAAGGCGCUAACAUACUAGUGGACUCCACUGGGCAACAUGUUCGACUGUCCGAUUUCGGUGCUUCGGCACGUAUGCAGGCACAUCUAACUGGGGACAAGGAGUUUGAGGGUGACGGCCAUGGUACCGUGGCCUUCAUGGCACCUGAAGUACUCCGAGGUGAUCCGUACGGACGCUCCAGUGAUGUCUGGAGCAUUGGUUGCACCACGAUUGAAAUGUUAACUGGUAGUCCUCCGUGGGCGGCCAGCGAUGCCACCAACCGCUUCCGACUGAUCUUUCGCAUAGCCAGCGCCACGGAGCCGCCGGAAAUACCGCCGUUCUGCCCACAGGCGCUGCGAGAUGUGUGCCUGCGCUGCCUAGAAAUGACACCCACUGAACGGCCGAGGGCGGCCGAUCUGCUGAAACACCCCGUGUUCAACGCCAUAGCUUCAAGCAGCUAACUAGCUGCUUUGGUUUGAUACAAUAUCUGCACUCAGUGCUGUCCAGCGUGGAACACCGGCACCAAUGCUAUUGUUGUAGUACGUUACGUUAUGACGUACACAACGGUAUCGGUGCAUGCGUGUGCUGCUGUUGUGAGAAAAAGCGGUCUUUGUCUUGAGUUCGUCGUGAUCAGUAUUCCCGUCGUCUAGCUGUCAAUGCGGUCUUCAAAUGUAGAGAUUACACCAUCACCGUGUCUUGCAGCAUGCAGUGUGUACAUCGAUUGGCUUGCCAAGUUCUGUGUACACUGCGCACCAAGCUCAGCAGGUAUAUUGGUGAAAGAACAUGAUAACUAGGUUUGAACUUCACCUUGAUUAUAGGUAAUGGCUAGCCUUAGGCUUAGGUUUCUGCGGGUUCCAAUGCUCGAAAUCGAAUGGCUUUGUAACAAAUAUUAUUUGACUGAUUAUAUUUUGCUGCUGAUAAGAACACACGCCAAGGAGCCAAUGGCGGUCAAUGAUCUUCAUGUGCAUGUACUGCCGAUUCUGAAUGCAGACGCGUGCAUCAUUCCUAUGCCUUGAGUCUGCUAUUAUACCCUUCAUUGGUACUGGUACUUGAACGUGUAUAUUGAUCAAAGAAUACAGUUGAGAUUAUAUUUUUUAUAUCAUACAUAACUACAGUAUUCCCUUCUCUAGUAGGUCUACUAACUAAUUUCUCAAGCUUGUCUGUAGCUAUAAAACCCUCCCAACAUUUGGUGUAGUCUCUUCUAAGUUCUUGCAGAUCAUUUUUUUAAAAUGUUUAUACAGGCAAUCUCAUCACUCUCUUUUUAUGAACUCACUCACAACGCUCUGGC